UCAUGUUUCUCAUUUGGGAGAUGAGGAAAGUGUUCGGCGCAGCACACCCCAAGCUGCUCGGAUCACGAGUGAGACCCGCUGACAUCGUUCACCUUCACCCGAAGCAUUCUUUUGCCUGGCGCGCGGAGUGCGACCGUGCGAGACAACAUUUCUUGACAACCCAUCCGCGCUGGUCAGCGUGCCGGUCGAGGAGUCUUCACACAGUUCCACUCGCGUUUCUUUACUUCGGUGGAGUCACAGUUGAAAAGUUAGAUAUUAGGUUAUUUGGGGAACGUUCAUGAAGGUUGUGCCUUUACGAUGGAUAUGGGGAGGCUUAUGCAAAAUGUUCUACUUGUGAGCGCGUCGCUUCUCUUGGGCUUCAGCAGGUCUUCAGAAAUGCAAGUGAUUGACAUGCUGGAGCUGCACGACGCCAAGCAGAGUGCGUCCGCGGUGGGGAAGAUGUCGGGGGCUCUGGGCUUCGUGUCGGAUUUGUACCUGGUGUCCACUCUGCGACUGCCGCCCAAACUGGGAGGAGUGCUGCUGGGCGUCUACAACAAAGACGACAACAGGAAGUACCUGGAGGUGGCCCUCAUGGGCAAGGUCAACAAAGUUCUGGUGCGCUAUGUACGUGAGGAUGGUAAACUCCACACAGUGAACCUCCAGAACCCCGGCCUCUCCGACGGACGCACCCAGUCACUCAUCCUCCACGUGGGUGGGCUCCGACGAAACCACCUCCACAUGGAACUCUAUGUUAACUGCCGAUUGGCCGACUCAGCACAGGUCCUGCCGUCAUUUGUCCAGCUUCCAUCAGAGGCGGAGUCUGUGGAGAUACGAAAUGGGCAGAAGGCCUAUGCCAGGCUACAGGGCUCAGUGGACUCUCUGAAAAUGGCUCUGGGUGGCUCCAUAGCCAAAGCAGGAAUCUUGACCGAUUGUCCAUUUCAGGGUGAUACAUAUUUUCAAAAUUCAGCUGGUGCCGAUGUCAAUGCCAUUCUGGGUGACCAUACCAAGGCUUUGAUUGGCCAGCUGAUCAUCUUCAACCAGAUCCUGGGUGAACUCCGAGAGGACAUCAGGGAACAGGUGAAGGAGAUGUCUCUGAUUAGGAACACCAUUCUGGAGUGCCAAGCGUGUGGCUUCCACGAGCCCCACUCUCGCUGCGAGCCCAACCUCUGCUAUAAGGGCGUUCCCUGUACAGAGACCCGGGAGUACCCAGGCUACCGUUGUGGUGCCUGCCCAGAAGGCAUGACGGGGAAUGGCACCCACUGCCAGGACAUUGACGAGUGUGCCGUAGCCCGGCCCUGUUUCUCGCCCGAGGGGUGCGUAAACACGGCCAAGGGCUUCACCUGUGAAUCCUGUCCCGUCGGCUUCUCAGGAUCCCUCCUCAGUGGGGUUGGGGUGGAGUUUGCCAAGAGCCACAAGCAGGAGUGCACAGAUGUGGAUGAGUGUGCUGACCUCUCCAACACCUGCGUCCCCAACUCAGUCUGCAUCAACACAGAGGGCUCGUUCAGGUGUGGUCUGUGUAAGGAGAGCUUUGUGGGCAACCAGACGGUGGGCUGUUUCCUGCGGAGGUCCUGCGCCACACUGGGCUUCAACCCCUGCGACGUCAACGGCCACUGUGUCAUAAAGGGUGCUGCCAAGGUCUCCUGCAAGUGUAAUGUGGGCUGGGCAGGAAAUGGGUAUACGUGUGGUCCAGACACAGACAGCGAUGGCUACCCCGACCAGCCUCUCCCCUGCAUAGACAAUGACUAUCACUGUCGAGCUGACAAUUGUGUGAACACACCCAACUCUGGCCAGGAAGACGCAGACGGAGACGGUAUAGGUGACCAGUGUGACGAAGAUGCGGACGGAGAUGGAAUCCAGAACGUGGAGGACAACUGCCGUCUGGUCCCCAACAAGGACCAACAGAACUCUGAUACAGACUCAUAUGGGGAUGCGUGUGACAACUGCCCCAAUGUUCCCAAUGGCAGCCAGAAGGACACCGACGGAAACGGGGCUGGAGACACCUGUGACAAUGACAUUGAUGGGGAUGGUAUCCCAAACGUGCUGGACAACUGUCCCAAGAUGCCCAACCCUAUGCAGACGGACCGUGACGGGGAUGGAGUGGGAGACGCAUGUGACAGCUGCCCAGAAGUCAACGACCCCUUGCAGUCUGACAUGGACAAUGACCUGGUGGGAGAUGUGUGUGACACCAACCAGGAUAUGGAUGGGGACGGCCACCAGGACUCCAGGGACAACUGUCCAGACGUCCCUAACAGCUCUCAGCUGGACUCAGACAACGACGGCAUCGGCGACGAAUGCGACGAUGACGACGACAACGAUGGCAUUCCAGAUACUGGACCUCCCGGGCCGGAUAACUGCCGGCUCAUCCCCAACCCCAGCCAGACAGACACUGACAGAAAUGGCAUUGGUGACAUGUGCGAGAAUGACUUUGAUAAUGACUCAGUGAUAGACUUGAUUGACGUGUGUCCAGAGAGCGCUGAGGUCACAAUGACCGACUUCAGAGCCUAUCAGACGGUCAUCCUGGACCAGGAGGGCGAAGCCCAAAUCGACCCCAACUGGAUAGUGCUCAAUCGGGGUAUGGAAAUUGUUCAAACCAUGAACAGCGACCCUGGUUUGGCCAUAGGCGUCACAGCCUUUAACGGGGUAGACUUUGAGGGGACGUUCCACAUCAACACGGCCACGGACGAUGACUAUGUGGGCUUCAUCUUCAGCUACCAGGACUCGUCCAGCUUCUACGUGGUCAUGUGGAAACAGAUGGAGCAGACCUACUGGCAGUCACUGCCUUUUAGGGCCAUGGCCCAGCCAGGCCUGCAACUGAAGGCAGUUAAGUCACGUACGGGUCCCGGUGAAUACCUCCGCAAUGCCCUGUGGCACACGGGCGACACCCCGGGUGAAGUCACACUGCUGUGGAAGGACGCCAGGAAUGUGGGCUGGAGGGACAAGACAUCUUACCGUUGGCACCUCAGCCACCGCCCGCAGGUGGGCUACAUCAGGGUGAGGCUGUAUGAAGGCAUGACAUUGGUGGCAGACUCUGGCGUGGUGGUGGACACCUCAAUGAGGGGCGGGAGGCUGGGCGUCUUCUGCUUCUCCCAGGAGCAAAUCAUCUGGUCCAACCUGGGCUAUCGCUGCAACGAUACUGUACCAGAGGACUAUGAGUUCUACCGCAAGCAGAUGCACAUCAGGGUGUGACUGAGCCUAGCACAGCAUCUGUGCAGAUACACAACAUCACCUGUGCCUUCGCUGUAUCUUGUGUGUGUGUGUAUGGUUGUGUGUGUGUGUGUUUUAAGGUACAUUUACUUUAAUGUGGGGCACUUUCUGUCUUUAGCCCCCACAACGACCUUACAGGUUGGUCAAGUCAAGAGUUUAAGAUUGUUUGACAACAUAAAAGCUUGUAUUUAUUAUUAUUAUAUAAAAUGAUGAAUGAAAGCUACUUUUAAGGAAUUAGGAUCGUGAAAUCCUAAGGUACAUGACUGUGUAUAAGGGAAAAUUAAAUACAUAUGUUUGAAAAGUG